CCAGUCCAGCUGUUCUCAUCCGGACACCUUAGAGAUUCAGCCAGGCACCAUAAAAGCUUUACAUGGGCUAGAAGGCUAGUCUACAGAACUUCUGAUGGUGAUGACUCUCGGCGAGGCAAUUUUCGAAGCUGUCGGAUUGUAAACAGUGCGCUUUUAGACAGUGUCCUUAAAUGGAUGGGAACGAAAUGGACCUCAGAGGAACACAAUAAUAUUUGGAAAGUUUCACUAAAUGCCCACUUGGUAGUCAGAUAACUUUUUAAUCUAGACGGCAAUUCUGCCACACAUUUUUAGGUCUCGUUUUUUUUAAUGAUUCCAUUGUGCCACAUAGAGAAUGACCGCUUUCCCCCGUGCAUAAGUGAACCUAAUUCUUGCCCAAGCUACUGCUUGGAGACAAGUUAAUGUUUAACCUAACUUCUGAGUUCUUAGAUUACUUGGUGGGGGGCCAAAUCGAACUGGAAAUGGGAGCGUGCCUUUGCUGUGCCUUGUAAAUUUGUACAGCCUGGUGCCAAGGGACAACAACAACAACAUGGGUAGCGGUAGUAGUCGAGGAAAGAAGGUUGUUCCUGCCAGUGUCAACGAGACAAACUCAUUCAAAAGAGAUGACAGCACAGUCCACGUUUUGAAAGAGGAAAGACACUUGUUCAAACCAUUGACGAUACCCAAAUCUACGAACCUAAGUCAGUCACGAAAUAGAGCGCAACAAGACUGCCACAGUGAAGGACACGAUUCGGAAUUUUCCGCAGAGGAUGAUGACAUUGAUGUGGAACUGAACCGAGUUCUAGAGGAAUAUGACAAUCGGGAAUUGCGUUCCAAGAGGAAAACUACUCAAAAGAAGCCUUUCAUCAGGUCGAAGACAUAUGGGUUAUGUCAUUCCAAUCGGGUCCACAAUGACAGCGAUUUCAAUUCAACCCCUCACUCGCAGAGUUAUGAAUUUUCGAAGAGGCCUGGGGCAUGUUGUCCAGAUAACUGUUCUGUUGGAGUCAAGGACAAGAAAGGCAUCCCGGUCUUCGACCACUUUUGCAAAGAUACACAAAUUCAGUUCUCAAGCGGCACUCAGGAAAAUGACUUGUUGACAACGGGGUCAGUUUGUUUGGAGUCAGCGCCUAGCGCAGAAACAGACUCAGUCCUGGACGAUAGCCAUGGCCCCUCACUCUCCAUGCCUGUCAUCCUGUAUGAUGGAUCAGAAGUGGACAUGAUGGAGACCAUAGAGAGAGAGUUUAGUUGACCUCACAAGAGAGACUAAAAUAGCAGGAUAACUUUUGAACCAAAGAUUUGUAUUUUUUGUUAUGAAUGGUGAAGGUGCAUAAAGGUGGAGGAAUUCAGAUAUGAUGCCAUUGUUUUAGCACUACCCACAUAUUUUUUUAUGUAACUGGCCAGUGUUUCCAGAUUUAUACGAAAUAUGACCUAUAAUUAAUUACAAUAUGAAUGAAAUAUCUUUCCUUCCAAAAAAUGGCAAUUAAGUAUGUUAAAGAAAAUGGCAAUUAAGUAUGUUAAAAAGCAGCUUUUCUGUGUUGGAAUGGUGUGGGCCUACCCCAACAACAGAAUGGUGUGGGCGUAUACCAGUGUUAAAAAAUGUUCAUGCAAGUAGACAGCUGAUUGGCCAGCUCCUCAGGAGGAUGACAUCUUCCUCAAUGAGGAAAUAGAAAACAUGUAUGAAACGUCUGUUUGAGGUGUUUCUUCUCCAAUUUAUGCUUUAGCCAAAAAUACGAGUAUAGAAUGAGUCCAAAACAUUAUUUGGGUAUGCGUUAACAGAAUAUUAACUUUUAAAAGUUUGAUUUUCACAGGACAGUUACUUUAAACUAGGAUGUGUGACAUGGUUCAAUGUGCCAAUAAAUCAGCACAAUCUACUUUUUUGUUUUUUCAAAUUGCCGCCAUCUUGGAGCUAGAAUUGGGAUCAAGUUUAUUGUGCUAGAGCAGAUACACAAAAAAAAUAGUAAUAGAGAGCAUUGUAUAAUACAGCAAACUCUUUAUGCAUGUUCGUAUUGAUCAAAUCAAAUGUUGUGUUUCACAUGCUUCAUAAAGACAACAAGGCAGAGAGAAAAAUAGAAAAAAUAUAUAACACGAGGAAUAAAUACACAA